UUUUUAAGUUCUCAUUUGCCUCUCAGGACUUCCACAGUAGUUUGUAAGACGACUAAAUGACUGUAGCUCAGACUUGUACUGACCUCAUGAAUAUUCAUAAUGUAAAGAGGAAGGAAUCGUUUUCUUUUAACAGCUUGACUUCUGUCCUCCGCACAGAGGAACAUCACCUUCCUCUUUUGUAAGACGAGACUUGGUUCUUUGAUAAUAUUGAUAUUUCUUUCAUUCAUUGUUCACCAGCUGAUUGUUUGAUUGUCUCUGGAGUCACACAGAGAGAUGAGAGGAGCAGCUAUGAGUUUAACAGCAGCAUCAAGUGGAUUUGUCGUCCUCCUCCUCACUGUACCAGUGAUACAGGGUCAGAGUGACUGGGGAGUGACUUACCCUCGAAAACACAUCUGUGCCUCUAAAGGAUCAAUAGUGGAAAUAGUCUGCAUCUACAGAUCCCCAUCCAGGAUAAAAGGCCGUGAUACUACAGUUGAGAAAACCUUCUGGUUUACUAAAUUUUGUAACGAUGAACCUGUGGAUCUGAGAGCAGACUCAGAGUAUUCAGGUCGUGUGCAGCAUCAAUGUAAGAAGAACAGGUGCACUCUGAGAAUCUCAAACCUAAGAGAGAGCGACUCAGCUGAGUACAAGUUCGGGUUCAUAACAAACCAACCAGGAGGGAAAUAUACUGAUGAUUCUGGAGUCACUUUGUCUGUCACAGGUCUGCAGGUGCAGGUGAUCAGGUUAAAAGCUCAUGACUGGGUGGAACUGAAGUGUGGCAGCAGUUGUCGUCUACCCAAAUAUUCUUACAUCUGGUACAAGAACGGACAGAAGAGUCGGACAGAAACACCUUCUUUUUCAGACUACUUUUAUGCUGCAGACAGCUUUUCCUGUGCUCUGAAAGGACAUGAGGAUUCCUCUUCUCCUUCAGUGUGUGUCUCUGGUCGAUCCUGCAACAGAGUGACUUACACUGACAGAAGAAUCUGUGUCUCCAAAGGCUCAUCAGUCGACAUUUCUUGUACCUACAACAGUUAUUUUGGUGUUGAAUCAAAAUUCUGGUUCAGUCCUGAACGUAGUCGUAGUUGGCAGAAUCCCUCAGAGCCUGAGGAUCUUGGUAAAGACUCCCAGUAUUCAGGUCGUGUUCAGGUUCUUGAAGCAGAGAGAGGACGCUCCACUCUGAGAAUCACUGACCUGACAGAGAGAGAAUCAGCUGAUUAUCGCUUCAAAUUCAAAACGCAAAGCUUUGAAUGGAGGAGCAGUUUACCUGGUACAACUCUGACUGUCACAGCUCUGGAGGUGCAGGUGACCAGAUUAAUAACAGUCCAUCAGUCUUAUACCGAGGCAGAGCUGAAGUGUCUCAGCAGCUGCAGUCCAGCUGGUCGUCUUUCCUAUGUCUGGUUCAAGAAUGGAGAGCAAAUCAUGAAGGAGGGAAGUUCUUAUAAAGACUUGUUUUAUCCUGGAGACGUGAUCUCUUGUGCUUUAAGAGGACAUGAGAAUUACGGCUCUCCCUCAGUGUAUGUUCUGAAGGUGCCGUCUGUGUCAGUGAAUCCUCCAGGUGAAAUCAUGGAGGGCGGUUCAGUGACUCUGACCUGUAACAGUAACUCAGCAGCUAAUUACACCUGGUACAAGAAGAACCUACCAUUGCCCAACAAAGAACCACAACUUGUCUUCAACUCCAUCCAGUCCUCUGACUCUGGACAGUAUUACUGUGCAGCUGAGAACGAGCUGGGGAGGAGGACGUCUGAUCACAAAUUUAUUGAUGUGGAAUAUGCGCAAAAGCUUCUCUCUGUGUCAGUGAGUCCCUCUGGUGAGAUAGUGGAGGGCAGUUCAGUGAAUCUGACCUGUAGCAGUGAUGCUAACCCAGCAGCUAAUUACACCUGGUACAAGGAGAAUGAAGACUCACCAAAAGCUUCAGGACAGAUCUUCACCAUCACUGACCUCAGACCUGAACACAGUGGGAAUUAUUACUGUGAAGCCCAGAACACAAGAGGACGUCGUAACUCCACCUUAAAUCUCACUGUUGUGGCAGGUAAAUCAGUAUUAAUGAUUAAUAUCAUCAGGUUGACUCUGGUGGUCCUGAUGCUGAUUCCACUGGUCGUCUUGAGUCUGUGGACGAGGAAGAAGAAAACUCUGAGUUUAAACUCUGAACCAAAUGAAGCUGUAGAGAUGAUGGAGGUAGACUCUUGUCCUGGUUAUGAGAACAGCACCACUGCAGCACAGACACAAGAACCAGAGGAGCAGGAAGACCUGGUGUGAAGUUACAGUCAGAUGAUGUUGAAGCAAAGGUGGGACUCACCUGGUGGAAACAGGAAGUAAAACAACAUUGGUUCCAGCUUUAAAGAUUUUUCUGUUCAUUUUCAUCUUAUUAUUUUAUUUAGCAGCUAUGAAGACAGACAAAGUUUGAUCUGGUCCUUCACAUUUCUUCUUUAUACCUUUAAAUUGUAGCUCAUUAUUUUGUUACUUCACCUUUUGGAGGGAAUUUUUUUUCUUCUCAUCUAGUUGUAGUUUCCAAAUGCUGCCAGUAGAUGUAAGUAAGAGUAAGAGUUAUAUUUUAUUGAUAUUACACCAGUUCCACUGUCAGUUCCUCUUCUGUCUGUGUAUACAAUAUCUCCACCAGGUUCUUUUUCUUCCCUGAGUUUUCUUUAACCAGUUUUUAUUAUCACAGCUGCUUUAUUCUGAGUUAUGAAUCUGUUUUUAUUCUCAUUUUUUAAUUGUUUCUAUUGCCUUACCUGCUCAUAACAAUAAUCUAUGUUGUUCUUG